AAAAAUAAUUGUUGAGAGAGAAAAAGAGAGAGAUGGAGCAGGAGAGUUUUCCUCAUAUGCUUCAUGAACACCCUCUGAGUCUGAUCCCCGACCCGGCCAAGCAAGGUGAUUACGAUCCAUAUUGUUCUGGUUGUUGGAGAUUCAUUUUACCCGGAGAUGCAACGUAUGGAUGCAGCCUCAGGUGUGGAUUUGAGAGGUUGUUACACAAAGAAUGCAUGGAAAUGCUUCAAGAGAUUAUGCAUCCUAUCCAUCCUUCACACCUUCUCACACUCUAUGAGUCAUACACAAUUUUUGGAUCAAAAGAAUGCGCGGUUUGUGAAGAAAAGGUGUAUGGGUUAGGCUACAGAUGUAGCCAAGGGGGCUGUGAUGGAUUACGGAUCCACUUGGGAUGCGCGGGGUUUCUUACUGAUAAGCAGCCGCUUAUGUACCAUCCAAGCCACCCUCAACAUCAGCUACGGUUUUCAAAGAAGACGAGGUGGUGUCCAUUCCCCUGCGAUGCAUGUGGUGCCACUGAGAAAGGGGACUCCUACACCUGCACCCUCUGUGAUUACUCCAUACACGAGAGCUGCGCACUCCUCCCUGAGUCUAAGGACUUCCCUCAUCAUCACCACUCUCUCUCACUCACGUAUUCUCUUCCAUCUGAGUAUAUCAAAUAUGAAUUUGAUUGUGGCAUAUGCAGUAUGACUUUGCCGUUGAGACGAUGGCUCUAUCAUUGCCACCUUUGUAGAUAUAUCGUCCAUCUCAACUGUGCCACCUCCACAUUUGAUGAUGAAAAUGCAAUUGAUGGUGAGAAAGAUGUUACCAAGUUUCCGAUAGCAGUAGAUGACAUGUAUGAGGAGAUAAUCAGACCUUUCGUUAGGCGGGAAAGUGGAAAAGUUCUCAUCCCUCAUGAUGAUCAGAACAUCGGUGGCAAGUACAGGUUCUUCAGUCACCCUGAUCAUCUACUAACUUUUACUACAUUUGCAUCGUCUUCUUCAUCAUCAUCAUCCCAUGAUCACUACAAAAGAGACGAAGACGACGAAGAUGAUUUUGAGAGUGUUCCAAGAUGGGAAUUAAUAUGUGAUGGGUGCACACUGCCUAUACAUGAAAAGAAGCAAACGGAUGGUGAUGGGUAUGAGAUUGGCUAUAUGAGUUGUGAUGAAUGCAAAUAUUUUCUCCAUUUAUCCUGCUUCAACUUACCACUUGAGAUCUCCUCUCUUCCUAUUCACCCAAUCAAAGAUCACAGCUUAAGGCUUCAAAAUAUUGAUGGCAAGCUAACACAUUGGAAGAAAUGUCCAACUGUGGGACAAUACAAAUGCAAUAGCUGCAGAUUCAGUGUGUGCGGUGCAUGCGUGAUGCUACCAGCAACAAAUAAGCAUAGAUUGGAGAAUCACAUGUUAUGGUUGACAUAUGAUGCUCGGUUUAACCACCCCGGUGAGUUCUACUGCAGGCAGGAAAGAAGAACAGAUUGUAUUCAGAUUGUGUUUUCAGAUUACAUUGUUAUGUCCCGUUUGGAUCUUUGGCUAGUGACACUUGGCAAUAAAGGAGGCAUCUCUUUCUUGUGGAGCUGGUUAUACUGGAGUUCGUUUUUACUUACAUGGGCUGUGGCACCUGUCAUUCAGGGUUAUGAAGAUGCAGGGGACUUCACUAUCCGGGACAGACUGCGGACUAGUGUUCAUGUAAAUCUAAUCUACUAUUUAUCCGUUGGUUCAAUUGCAUUGUGUGGACUUGUCCUGCUCGUCGUUAUGCACAAGGACUGGGGUGACAAUAUUUUAGGCCUUGCUAUGGCUUGUGCAAAUACAUUUGGUCUGGUGACAGGAGCUUUUCUUUUGGGCUAUGGUUUGAGUGAAAUUCCAAGAGGUGUAUGGACAAACGCAAAUUGGACAUAUCGUCACAAAUUCCUGUCUCAUAAUGUGUACAGAGUGGCAGUCAAACUUGAUGAUGCUCAUCAAGAUUAUUCAAAUGCAAUAGUAGUUGCUCAAGCGACAUCAAAGCAGAUGUCUAAGCGCGAUCCACUUAAACCAUACAUGAACAAAAUUGACAAAAUGUUGGCAAAGAUGCUUAAUGAAGAUUCUACUUUUAAACCACAAGGAGGCAAAUUAGGGGAAGGUGAUAUGGAUUAUGACACCGAUAUAACUAGCAUGGCUUCUCUUAGAAAACAUCUGAGGAAAGCUAGGGAGAGGUAUUACCGCUAUAAGAGUGAGUAUAUGAAUUUUGUUAGAGAGGCUUUAGAGCUAGAGGACACCAUGAAGAAUUAUGAGCAUUGUAGUUCUAAUGGAUGGAAAUACAUGUCAAGUUUUAGACCUGAGCGUAAAGGCAAAAUCGGGUCCUUUCUUGAUAUCUCUGAACUGCUAUGGCGAUGCAUAGUGAGAAAACAACUAGGGAGAAUUAUGGCUGUUAUAUUGGGUUGCAUGACUGCUGCAAUUCUUGUUGCAGAGGCCACUAUUAUGUUGAAUGACGUAGAUUUAUCUCUCUUCUCAGUUCUGAUAAACAAGAUUGGCAGGCAUGAGUUACUUGUGCAGGUUACUGCUCUUAUUCCUCUAAUAUACAUGUGUGUCUGCACAUAUUUUUCUCUAAUCAAAAUCGGAAUGCUGACAUUUUACUCCCUGACUCCGGGACAAACAAGUUCAGUUAGCUUGCUGAUGAUAUGCGCGAUGGUUGCACGCUAUGCUCCUCCGAUUGCAUACAAUUUUCUCAACCUCAUCAAUCUUCCAAACGACGCCGAGACUACAUUUGAGAAGAAAAUGGGGAAUAUUGAUGACGCAGUGCCAUUCUUUGGGGAUGGGUUCAACAGAAUCUAUCCACUCAUAAUGGUUGUCUUCACCAUAUUGGUUGCAGUAAAUUUUUAUGAUCGCGUUAUCGGAUACUUGAGAAAUUGGAAUAUAUUCAAUUACCAAGACGAAGCAGUCGAAGAUGCAGACGGAUUCAAUCCCGCGGGAUUAGUUAUUCUGAAUAAAGAACGAUCUUGGGUUGAACAAGGCCAUAAAGUAGGCGAGCUCGUCGUUCCGUUGGCACGAAAUUUCCACAAUGUCACCGUUGAUCUUGAAUCCGGAGGCAACAACGUGAUUCCGCAGAUCCGAAGGCAGACAUCAAGAUUGAUCGAGGAGGAGGGGCCCGGGCCGAGCAGUCACGUGACACACCUGAGAUCGGUGAUACAGAAAGAUGGCGACCGCGGGAGACCACACGCUAAUGAGGAGAGUGAUGAAGCACCGCAACGCAACAGCACACAGCAAGGGAAGAGAUCCACUAGCGGAGUAGCCUCGACAUGGGAAUCGAUGAAGACGGGCUUCCAGAAUUUCAAGUCCCGUGUUGAUGCUAACAGAUUCAUCCGGCUAGGCCAUGACACCGACCACCGUCGUACUUCAUCUCCCGAGUCACUUGAUGAAAUAUUUGAGCGAAUCAGCCGGCCCCGCUCACGACAGCCGAGCUCCGACGACGAGAUUGAUCUUGGUGGUGACAUUGCAAUGGCGGCCAUUCAGAGGCAAGGCCUUAGUAGAUAGCAGUUAAGAUUGAUGAUUUUAUAGCAAUGUUUCAAACCAAUUGUAAGGUUUUAUAGAAAUAUAGUAAUAUACACUACUUGUGAA